AAAAGGCUUAAAGGCCAAUAAAUCUACUGCUGCUUAUGAAAUUGUCAUUACUUAUACCAAAAAUAUCAACCCUAAGUUCGAAAAUUGGGUUUUAAUAUUGCAGUGGAAUCAAGCACUUGUAUGACCAGAAGUUAAUCCAUAGAUAUGCCCUUGAGAUUCUAUAUUGCAUGAGCAGCAAGGAACUAGCAGAACUGAAUGCCAAAGAACUUGUAGAGAGUGGAGUUAUCCCAGCAUUCUUCCAAGCUGUCCAUCAUGGCAUAUUGGAGUUUGUGGAUGAAACGGGUAAAAAUAAUCCAGAUAUAUUUUCGUGUGCUGAUGAACAUUCAAGGGAUGCAUUCAUGUAUGCAAUUGAGUAUCGCCAAGAGAAACUUUUCCUCAAACAAAAUCUCUCCAAACAAAAGGUAUAUCUGCUUGCCUUGAGAGAUAAGGACAACAACAAUGUGCUACAUAUGGUAGCGAAGUUAGCUUCUGACUCACGGCUUGCUCAUAUCUCAGGUCCAGCCCUGCAGAUGCAAAGAGAACUGCAAUGGUUUAAGGAGUUAGCAAUUCUUGUUCCUGAAUGUAAAGACUUUGUAAAUCAUAGUGGAGAAACUCCUCAGCAAGUGUUCAGUAGGGAUCACAAGCAAUUGAAAAAAGAAGGGGAAGAAUGGAUGAAGCAAACUGCGCAAUCAUGUACUGUUGUUUGUGCCUUCAUUGUUACCAUUAUGUUUGCCGCAGCUUUUACAGUUCCUGGUGGUAGCAAUCAAGACUCUGGCAUUCCAAUUUUCUUACACAGAAGAUUAUUUAUGGUAUUUAUACUGUCAGAUGCAAUUUCUCUGUUCAGUGCAUCCACUUCAGUAUUAAUGUUUUUAGGAAUUCUCACAUCUCGCUAUGCUGAAGAAGAUUUUCUGAGGUCAUUGCCCACCAAGUUGAUCAUUGGCCUCUGCACCCUCUUCAUUUCUAUUGCAACAAUGAUGAUUGCCUUUUCUGCUGCUGUUUCACUUCUUUUACAAGGACGAUAGUGGGUAAUCAUUUCACUAGUUUUGUUUGCCGGUAUUCCAGUAAUUGUCUUUUUGUUGUUGCAAUCUCGUCUUCUUACUGAGAUCUUUUGUUCAACUUAUGGACCAGGAAUCUUUGAUAGGCAAAACAAAAGGUUCUCAAUAUG